UUUUUGUGAUGUAAUAAAAUGCUUGUGUUUGAUUUGAAUUGAAAUAAAUGUGACGUAACUUGUGGUAAAUGAGUGACGUCAAGGACGCAAUGGGCACACCUUUGUUUCGGCAGCCUUGGACCGGCAGUUUGACACUUACUUAACCUCACAUUUUUGAAUCAAAUUUUUCGAAAUGAACCAACCAAUUUCGUCUCUGAAUUUGCCAGACAGCAUUAUUGGCAAACUCGCAAAUCUGGGUUUUAAUUACUGUAACGAUUUGGGCGAAAAUGUGGCCCAAAGAGCGAACAUUCCCGACUAUGGUUCGCUCAAAAGGGCCCCAAAACGGUGCACGGCUUUAGAAUUGUGUGAAAGCGAAUCGAACUGGAAGCCUGUGACUAGUUUUAUACCACAGUUGGAUUGUCUUUUGAGUAAAGAAAUUGCUUCAGGGGUUGUGACCGAACUGUGCGGGCUUCCAGGCACUGGAAGGACACAGAUUUGCUUACACUUGGCAGUUGGUGUCGCAGGGGAAGCAGUUUUUAUUCAUACUAAUAAUAAUUUAAGUGUUGAAAGGCUCAAAGAAAUAGCAGAAAAAUUUGUCCCCGAUGUUGGGGCACUUAUGCAAAAACUUUUGUGUAUCCAAGCUACGGAUUUCACCGAAUUGCGUGCAAGUGUUCAAUUUUUGAAAACUUGGUUAUCCAAUAAUCAAAUCAGAUUGUUGAUUGUUGAUAGUAUAGCAUGGCCUUUAAAACAACAACCACUUAUGGAGAGGCCACAUUUAAUUUAUAGACUUUUUCAAGAACUUCGAAUUUUAGCGAACUUACAUAACUUUGCGAUUGUUGUUACAAAUGAUUUGACGACACGUAACACAGGGGCCACAAGUUCGUCUUUUGGGGACAGUUUUUAUCAUAUUGUUAAUAACAGAAUACUGCUAUCGAGGGUAAAUAAUCGAUUUUGCGCUAAAACACUAAAAAGUGCAAAUAAAAAUUCGGAGGUGUUUUUCAAAUUUGAAUAAACUAGGGAUUUUUGAGACCAUCAUUUGACCUACUGUCGGUCUUUCAAGGAACAGGACGCUUCAUUUAAAACGUUUACUUACGAUUUAUCGUUCUAAUCAACUUCAAACUGGACGUUAGCGAUUCCAAUGAAAAAGAAAUUGCCUUUAUUUUCAUGAAUAAUCUUAAUUUGAUAUGUAACAAAAAUAAACGUGUUGUUUAGUA